GAACGGGGGUUGGGCUGCUACGAUCGAAUUGGGCGUUAAAGAGUUUUUAAUGUCCGCCAUGUUGGCCAUGGCGUACUGAACCACCGAUAGGGAGCGGAGCAUCGGAAAAAAUAGUCCGAAAGAGAGCGACCAAGAUCCGGGCCUUCCCGGCUCCGUUCGCGACGCCCUAUAUAUAGCUUCAACCAGUCGAACCUUAGAUUUCAGAUCAACCGCACAGAAUCAUCCAUGAAAACUCAACUCGAGGCCGUUGUGAAUAUUAGGAGAACUACGGAUAGAUUUAUAUUGCAUUUUGAACUGUAAAAAUGAGUAAAUUGUCGUUUCGGGCACGGGCGCUGGACGCUUCCAAGCCUCUACCCGUCUUCCGCUGUGAGGAUUUACCCGACCUGCACGAAUAUGCAUCAAUUAACCGGGCAGUACCGCAGAUGCCGACGGGGAUGGAGAAGGAGGAGGAAUCGGAGCACCAUCUCCAGAGGGCCAUAUCUGCUCAGCAGGUGUACGGGGAGAAGAGGGACAGCAUGGUAAUCCCCGUUCCCGAGGCGGAGAGCAACAUCGCCUACUAUGAAUCCCUCUACCCCGGGGACUUCAAGAUGCCAAAGCAGCUCAUUCACAUACAGCCUUUCAGCCUGGACACAGAGCAGCCAGACUAUGACCUGGACACGGAGGACGAGGCGUUUGUGACCAAGCUGAAGAAAAAGAUGGAGAUCACCUUCCUGCAGUUUGAGGAGAUGGUUGACCGUCUGGAGAAGGGCAGCGGCCAGCAGCUGGUGAGCCUGCAGGAGGCUAAGCUCCUGCUGAAGGAGGAUGAUGAGCUGAUCCAGGAGGUGUUUGACUACUGGAGUCGCAAGAGGAAGUCCUGUCAGAGCGGCACGCUGCACCCCAGCGUGAAGCAGGAGAGGAGGGACGGAUCAAGCACCAGCGACCCCUACGUGGCCUUCCGCCGCCGCACAGAGAAGAUGCAGACCAGGAAGAACCGCAAGAACGACGAGGCGUCGUACGAGAAGAUGCUGAAGCUGAGGAGGGACCUGAGCCGAGCCGUCACCAUCCUGGAGAUGAUCAAGAGGAGGGAGAAGAGCAAGAGGGAGCUGCUGCACCUCACCCUGGAGGUGGUGGAGAAGAGGAACGGCAUGGCCGACUUCGGCGGUGAGAUCAUGGCGGAGGUGCUGGCUCAGCGAGCCCUGGCCAAGCCGGCCUACUCCGUGCCCCUGGUGCCCCUGACCAACAGCAACCAGUACCGACACCAGGACCACAUGGACCUCAAAGACUACAAGUCUAAGCCUGAGAAGACAGAAGUCGUCCGUCAGAAGAGGAAAUACGAGAAGAAGCCCAAAGUGUUGCCGCUGUCGUCCGGGGCGACGCACCACGCCGGGCCCUCUGUGUUCAACCCUAAAGACCUGAACCAGUACGACUUCCCCAGCUCUGACGACGAGCCCUACUCCCAGAUGCACUCUGGCUCGUCCGAGGCCGAGGAGGAGAACGACCCAGACGGUGCCUACGCCUUCCGCAGGAAGGCAGGCUGCCAAUACCACACUGCCCGGUCGGAGCGCGGCGGCAGCUGGCCGUGGUGCGGCCCGGCGGAGGGGGGCCCGGGGGACAAGCGGUACCGCUACUGCCUCACCACGCUCACCGUGCCUCGACGCUGCCUGGGCAUGGCCCGGCGACGCCAGGGCAGAGGGGGCAGGGUUCUGCUCGACAGGGCACACACAGACUACGACAGCAUAUUUCACGGGCUGGAUCCAGAAAUCCUCGACCGGCCUCCACUCUCUCCAGUCCACAAGUUCUCCAGUACCUCAGAAACAAAUACCUCGGACCGACCCUCGUCAAACUCUUCUUCCUCCUCCUCCUCCUCGGACCUCAGUCAGUUACUCUUGAAUAUAAAAGCAUGUCGCUGGAGGCACUUUAGACCACGGACACUACCACUGCACCACCUAGACAAUGCAGAUCCGCUCUUUAGGAGGCUGAGCCGCGGUUUGAUUCGAUCCGCCUCCUCUACCUUCGGGGCUCAGGCGGGCGGGGCUGCUUCUCAGGGGAGAGGAGCUCCUGUUCCCACCCCUGUCUCCGUGUUCACAGCCCAGCAGUACCAGCAGCACCAAGAGCAGCUAGCUCAGAUGCAGCAGCAGCAGAGAGAACAGAUGCAGCAGCAGGCUAACAGGACCUCCACCGCCAACAGCACACAGGGUCUGGUGUCUAAGACGUUAGACUCGGCCAGCGCCCACUUCGCAGCCUCAGCCCUGGUCUCCACAGACCAGCUGCUGACCCUCAAGACCAAGGAGGAGGGGGUUCUGGGAACUGGAGUCAACGGAGUCCUCUCGCCCUCAGGUGUCUACAAGGGCCUGCACCUCUCCAGCACGCCCUCCCCCACCUUCCUCCACCCCUCGUCCACGGUCGCCCACAGCAACAACAACGGCACCCCCCACCCCCUCUCCUCCUCCACCACCACUCAGGUUCUGACGGGGAACGGCAGCAACCUCCGUCUGAGCGCGAGCGCCGCCAACGCCGCCGCCGCCGCCCUCAGCAAGCGGCACCACAUCCCCCGGGCGCUCAGCGCUGUGUCCACAUCCGCCUUAAAGCUGGCCGCCAGCGCCAACUGUCAGAUGCCCAUGGUCACCGCCGCCACGGGUGGGCUGGAGAUGGGGCCCAGGGAGAGUCUGGACCAAGACAAGCCGCCCCUCAACAGCUUAUCAGACAACACAGUGGCAAUGGAAGUGACGUAGCCCCGCCCCCCACCCCGAGACAGCUGGGACCCCGGGGGGAGGGGGGGGGGGCCAGGUGCUAUGCAUUGUCAGAGAGAGAGAGAGAGAGAGAGAGAGAGAGAGAGAGAGAGAGAGAGAGAGAGACGGGUUGGAUGCAAGAGGUGGCGGGAAACGGGCGAGGCAUGCCGUUUCCGUGGCAACCGGGGGGUGGGUGGAGGGGGGGAACUUAAUUGCAAUGCUCGUCUUGUAUACACACACACAAUUCUGCCCGCCUCCCCCCUUCUCCCCCUCCCUAAUUUGUUUUUGUUUAUAAGAGAUAUCAAUGUCUGUAAAUUAUGAAUAUUGCAAUUAUAUGUACAGUACUGCAUAUUUGUAAUGCCCCCAAACCCCUUGUGUACAUGACAUGACUUGAAUACAGAAUUUGUUCAUUUGUGAUGUUUUUGCACUUGGGAUGAAAUUAAAAAGAAAAACAAAACAAAGCAACAUUCUGGCAGUGGUGUGCGUCACGCCCCGUCAUGGAUGUUAUCGCCGGGGUGGAUCCUCACGUUUUAUCUAUUUAUUGUGCCGUGUUUACAAAAAAAAAAAAACGAUUUUGUUUGUUUCUUUUACCUUGUUUUUUUUUUUUUUGUACAUUGGACCCUCAUUGGCUCCUGUGCUAUAGUCAGCGUGUAGAUGUGAUGGAUCUGAACUUGUCUGUAGUUUGUACGUGGUGAACACUGGCGGGCUCUCGAUAGGUGGGUCAUGUGGAGUCAGUCAGGGGUGGAGUGUGUGCACAGGGGGGGAGGGGGUGGAGAGGAGAGGUUUGGUGAAGUUCUUAUCGGUUUGUCAGUGAGUAAUCAUUAUUGCGACGAUCUUCCAUUCAAACAGUUCUGGAGACCAGUAACAACACAGGAUGUCUCUUCUCAGAAGUUAUGGCUGCUUCUGAAUGAUCUAAGCACUUUUUCAUUUAUUUUUUUUCUUAUAAUUUUUUUCGAUGAUUCCCCCGCACCCCCACACAUUUUGUGAAAGAAAUCGAGUUAUUUUUGUAUCCCUCUUUUUGGAUAUUGAUUGUAUGUUCUUCAUAGAAAGACUUCAUUCUAUUGUUACUUGUUGAACCAAACAGAAAAAAAUCACUAUAAGGGAGAAUAAUGCAGUAACCAUUCUACAUUUUUAUCAUUCCAAUUUAUACGUAAUGAAAAAGAACAUGUAUUUAACAAAAAACAAUAAAUCUUUUUUUUUCGAUUUUUCCAGAAGGCUGCAAGGCCUUGAAACACAAAAUAAAGUUUCUUGGUGCCUUUCUCUGGAGAGAGAGA